CGCGGCGGCGCUCUGGCCGCGCGGUCGCUGUCACCGCCCGCAGCGCCCGAGGGACGGCGCCGCUCGCCCCGCCGCCGCCGCAGGAAGGAGUCGCCGCCGCCAACUUCCCCUCGGCCUCCGCUCCGCCGCCUCCUCCUCCGCCGCCUCUCCCCGCCCCCGCCGCCGCCCCGCCAUGCCCGGGGCCGCGGCACGGGCCCUCUGAGCCUCCGCCGCCGCGCCUCGGCCCGGCCCGCCUUCUCCUCGCAGUCCCGCGGCCGGUUAUUGCACUUAAGAAUGAACAUUGAAGACAAACUGGGAGGAUUAUUUCUUAAAUGUGGUGGCAUAGACCAGAUGCAGUCAUCCAGGGCUAUGGUAGGGAUGGGUGCAGUAUCUGACCAGUCUGGAGUAUCGGGAGAGCGGCAAGAGGCAGUGCUUCAAGAUCGGACUAUAGCACACCAAGAAAUUCUUGCGACAGAUGAAGUGUUACAGGAAAGUGAACUUCGGCAGCAAGAGAUGAUUUCACACGAUGAACUCAUGGUCCAUGAGGAGACGGUAAAAAAUGAUGAUGACAUGGAUGCGCAAGAUAGACUUCCUCAAGGGCUGCAGUAUGCUGUUAAUGUCCCUAUCAGUGUAAAGCAAGAAAUUACCUUUACUGAUGCAUCUGAACAACAGAAACGAGACAAAAAACAAAUACGAGAGCCAGUAGAUUUGCAGAAAAAGAAGAAAAGAAAACAGCGUUCACCAGCAAAAAUCCUUACAAUAAAUGAGGACGGAUCACUUGGUCUGAAAACCCACAAAACUCAUGUUUGUGAGCAUUGCAAUGCUGCCUUUAGAACCAACUACCAUUUACAGAGACAUGUCUUCAUUCAUACAGGUGAAAAACCAUUUCAGUGCAGUCAGUGCGACAUGCGUUUCAUACAGAAGUACCUGCUACAGAGGCAUGAGAAGAUUCAUACUGGUGAAAAGCCAUUUCGUUGUGAUGAAUGUGGUAUGAGGUUUAUUCAAAAGUAUCACAUGGAAAGGCACAAAAGAACUCACAGUGGAGAGAAGCCUUACCAGUGUGAAUAUUGUUUGCAGUAUUUCUCCAGGACUGAUCGUGUGCUGAAACAUAAACGUAUGUGCCAUGAGAACCGCGACAAGAAACCGAACAGAAGUGCCACCAAAGUUGGCUUUUUGCCAUCGGAGGAAGAUUCUGGUUUCCCUACGCCUAUGAAAGACAGCUCCUUGCCAAAGAAGAAAAGGCAGAAAACAGAGAAAACAAAAUCUGGGGAUAAAGAAAGUUCAGAUAAAUCGGAGCAGAAGAAGGACAAAAAUGACUAUUUGCCUUUGUACUCUUCUAGUACUAAAGUAAAAGAUGAAUAUAUGGUAGCGGAAUAUGCUGUUGAGAUGCCACAUUCUUCGGUCAGUGGGACGCACUUAGAAGAAGCAAAUUCUGGAGAAAUACACCCACCUAAGCUCGUUCUCAAAAAAGUUAACAGCAAGAGGAGUCUGAAGCAGCCACUUGAGCCAAGUCAAACCAUUUCACCUUUAUCCACAUAUGAAGACAACAAGGUUUCAAAGUAUGCCUUCGAUCUUGUGGAUAAGCAAAGUUUACUGGACUCUGAAGGUAACGCUGACAUCGAUCAAGUUGACACGUUACAGGAAGGGCCCAGUAAACCUGUACACAGCAGCACUAAUUAUGAUGACGCAAUGCAAUUUUUGAAGAAAAAGAGGUAUCUACAAGCAGCUAGUAAUAACAGUAGAGAAUAUGCCUUGAAUGUAAGUACCAUAGCAUCUCAACCUUCAGUAACACAGGCAGCUGUGGCCAGCGUCAUUGAUGAAACUGCUACAGCCUCGAUAUUAGACACACAAGCACUGAAUGUUGAAAUUAAAGGUAACCAUGACAAAAAUGUCAUUCCAGAUGAGGUACUGCAGACUCUGUUAGAUCAUUAUUCACACAAGGCUAAUGGACAACAUGAGAUAUCUUUCAGUGUGGCUGACACUGAGGUGACCUCCAGUAUAUCAAUCAAUUCUUCUGAAGUAUCUGAGGUCACCCAAUCUGAGACAGUUGGAACUAGCUCUCAAGCUUCCUCAUCAGAUAAAGCUAGUAUGUUACAAGAAUAUUCAAAGUUUUUGCAACAAGCUUUGGACAGAACUAGCCAAAAUGAUGCCUAUUUGAACAACCCGAGCCUUAAUUUUGUGACUGAUAACCAGACUCUUACAACCCAGCCAGCAUUUCCUUCCAUGGAGAAGGUCUACACGUCUAUACCCGUCAAUAGCUUUCGAUCGGGAAUGAACUCUCCAUUAAGAACAACUCCAGACAAGUCCCAUUUUGGACUAAUGGUUGGUGAUUCGCAGCACCCCUUUCCCUUUUCAGGUGAUGAGGCAAAUCAUUCUUCUUCCUCCUCCACACAGGACUUCUUGGAUCAAGUAACUUCUCAGAAGAAAGCAGAGGCACAGCCUGUUCAUCAAGCAUAUCAAAUUAGCUCCUUUGAGCAGCCCUUUAGAGCUCAGUACCAUGGGGCAAGAGCAGGAAUAUCAUCUCAGUUUAGCACUGCCAAUGGACAGGUGAACCUUCGGGGACCAGGGACAAGUGCUGAUUUCCCAGAAUUUCCCUUGGUGAAUGUAAAUGAUAGCAGAGCUGGGAUGACUUCGUCACCUGAUGGCACAACGGGUCAGACUUUUGGCUAAGAAAUCUUUGUAAAUAAUACUGGCACUUUAGAACACAUUUGUCAAAAGGGGGUUGCUCUGUAAAAGAUGGAGUUCUGUACAGCUUUUAAGAGCGCUAUGUUAAAACAAAAGUAAGCUUAUAUUAGCAAGACCAAUAACUGCUUUUUUUUUUUUAUUUUGGUUAGUCACCAGUCAUUGAACUGCCUGACCAUCUUGCCCCAUCAAAGGCAGUUUCUUAUUCACUUGUUUGAAUCCAGAAAAUAUUUUACCUUCUGUGAAAUUUAAAAUAAACAAUAUCCCCAGGUAAGACUUUUCCCCAGGAUUGUUUCCUUGUAUGCUUUGGGAGGACAGUUCACUGUCUAAUACUGUUCAUAUUGUCAUUUCUAAGCUUGUCAGCAUAGUCAUUGCUCUUCAGCAGGGAAUCAACGUGUACUAAACACACAGAAUAAAUAAGUCUCCAAGUCAAGCAAAUAUGGCUUUAAAAGAUGUCAUUUUCUAGAAAAAUAAUCUCUCAAAAGCAAUUUUAGACCAUGUGCCCUUUAUUUCUGCUUUGCAUUACCUUGAGUUGUGUUUUGAGGAAAAAAUGAAUACUGAUAGACUAAGUCUACUAUUUAAAAGUCUAAUUAAUUUAAACUAUUUUAAACACUUUUUUAAGCAAAAUGACUAACUGUUAAAGCCUUUACUUCAUUCCUGAAGUAAUGUGUAUUUCUUUGUACAGCUGGAUCUAGAUGUAACUUUUUAAUGACUUUUUCAUAUGCAGAUAUCAAGAUUUUGAAGUUUUAGUUAAAAUACUCUGUAGAUGACAUUCCCGAUUGCAUAAUGCUUACACAAACUGUGUAUUCCAAGAUUUAAAAGCUUAAUUGUACAUUACCCUACAUACUCGUAAUCAUUAACAUAGAGCACUUAGUCAACUUGGUAGUUUUUGAUUUCUCAAAAAAAUAAAACCAUUUUUAGGUUUGAUACGGUUGCAUCAUUUUCAUCUCAUACAGCUCCAAUUAUUCUUUUCAAUAUACAUUGAGAUUGGGCGUUCUUGGCUUCUGUAAAAACUGUUUUAAUUCUCUGAGUAGAAUUUUGACAAUUCAGGUCGCUAAAUUUAUUGAAGUAUCCCCACAAGCUGAAGAAGUCAGCAUUCAAAUUCCCUAUCUUUUUAGUGUUUGCUUAGUGAAAGACAUUACAAUUUUACCAACCAAAACUGCUGAAUGAUGCUAGUGAACAGAUUUCUUUUUGCAGCCUAGGCGAAUGAUCAGAAGAAUUUGUUGCAUUUCACAGUACAAAUAAACUACAAAGUUUAUCCCUAUACCAUGAAUAUGUUUUUUUGAAUAGUAGUUUGUCUUGAAGUAUGCAGUAUGGUACGAUAAAUAGUUCUGUGUGCAUUUUUAAGGUGGUAAGAUUUGAAUAGCAUAACUAUUGUGUAGUUUAAGUUAACAAGUUACAGAUUUUUGAACUGUACAUUCAUUCUAUUGCACCUUCCCUAAAGGGACACUGUCUGGUAGUUUAAGGCAGUCUAAGCCUCAUGUAGGCUGAUUAACCAGGGAAAAACACACACACAUACACACACGUGUACAUAUAUAUAUAUAUAUGUAUAUAUCUGUUUGUUUGGGGUUUUUUUUUAAUAGGAUUACGUGCAUCCUUUUACAGCACUGUUGCUAGCUGUUGUCUCUCAGAUGAAGCCAUCAGCUAGGAGAAAAGACUGCAUCUCAAGGCGCUAAAAUAUAUCCUUUCUUUUCAGACAGGACUUGAGCAGAACAUACAACAGUUCCCACCUCUUCCCAAAGCAGUAGCAAUAUUUUGCUUGAUUUUCAUAAUUAGGAAACUGAUCCCACUCUGUCUUUUUUCCUUUACGGUAUCAGUGUUGCAGCAUUAACUGCACUUGGUACAGUUGAGGGAGAAAGUGCAUUUGUUAUCCAUAGCUUAUUUGACAAGAAAUACAAUUUACAUAAACUUCUUACUUGGUACUUCUGCAUAGGUAAACAGAUUAUGUUUUCAUUCAUGACCCUGUGUGUAAUACAGGAAGAUGUUUGUGUGCUAUGACUUACCAGUAAUGUUGUCUGAAUACUUGGCCCUGAGUUAAGAAGAAUGAGUAUCAAGGGAGAACAGUAAACUUCUUAUGGAUUCUUAAUGAUACAUGUUACAAACAUACUUUCAAACAAUUUUUUUAACUUUUUCAUGUUUUCUCUAUUUUUCUUCCUUUAUGAUCAGUUUGUGACUUUCCAUUCUUAUUAGGACAGUCACAUUACUUAAUGGCCCCUAAAUUCCAGGAAGCCACCUCUCAUAAAGUGUUUGGUUUUCAGGUGUUUCAUUUCCAUCACAUCCUAGCUCGUGCUGCCUGAAUAAGACCGUGUUGACAUCUUUGUUCUAAUGUCACAUUGUUCCAAGUAGAUGACCGGUGGUAGUACUAUUAGUUAAAUACUUCAAGCAGCAAAAAGACAAAAUAAAAUAAAAGGGCUCGAUUAUUACUGCACUUCUUUGGCCCCGUAGGGAGGUAAGAGAAAUAAAGGCUGCUUCUCUCGGAGGAGAUCAACUCAGCUUUAUUUUAAAGUUACUGCAUUGGUGCUGUGAGCAGGUGAUUGAGCAGUAAAAGGGAAUCGGUCUCGCUCCAUACCAUCUUCACACUUGGGAAUCUCUGCUUGGUUGUGUAAGUGAGCAAGCUGUUGUACAGAGUGAAAGAACUUACUCUUCCCCAGAGCGAAGUGGGAAUCAGAUGAGAAAAUGUUAUUCUUUAUGUUUCAGCUCAUUCCCUAGCCUGCUGCUGAGCCGUUACACCUAUACUCUGUGCCUUAGGACAGGUUUUGAAGUCCCCUUCUAGCCCACAGGGACUGUCUCGUAGGGUUCUUCCAUGUGUACAGUUAAAGCAGUGGUGUGAGUAGCUUAUCUGCUGAUGCUUGAAGCUUUCUGUACUGGAGGAGUUAACCAAAUAUACUGCUCUCAUUUCCUGAGUACAUGCCCUUUUAUUCUGAAAUAAGUGUGUUCGCAGUUCUGGGAGGUUUAACUAUGUAAAAAGCUCUUAUUUUUUUAAUAAUUACAUUGUUUAAUAACGUUUUCCACUGCUCACGUUUUGCUGCUUCUAAUCUGCUGCAGAUGCACACUCUUCAUUUUGAUCUGGUCAGUGUUCAUUUUUGUUAGUUCUCUAUGUGUGUCUGGAAAAAAAAGCGACUUUGUUUUUUUCUGUUCUGUUCUCUUACUGAUACUGUUCAGGGGGUCAGCACGAGGCUGAGGUGACCAUUUAUAUUCCACAGAGCUAACAACAGACGUUCUUGCCUAAAGGUCAUGCAAGCAGUGAAUGUGUGUGUGUAUAAGAUGGAAUUUUUUGGGGAUAUCUCCUACUGAUUGAGCAAUGAUGACUUUAAAAAAGAGGAAAGUGAUGAUAUUUAUUACCAAACUAUCUAUAUAUACACAUACACAAUACAUGUGUGUGUAUAUAUAUAUGCACACACAUAUUAAUAGACCGCAUUUUGGUCCUAAAUUACUUGACAGUGUCCCUUUUAGCAUGAAUUCUUUGAUAUGUUUUACCACUAAUAUAACAGACAAUGAAGGAAUCGGCUUGUAAUGGUAUACUAAUAGGCAUUUACAUUUUCUUUAUUUGAUUUGAGAAUGAAUUAAUCAUAAAUUGCAAGGUUUGGGGAGAAGGAUUAACAAUGUGUAUUGCUGUAUGUUGGUUUCUGAGUAACAACAUAAACAAUUGAAAUUGAAUGAUAAAAUGAUAAAGAACUAUGUUUAUGAUCUUGUGUCUCCUAGUGUUGUCUUUAGGAAAAUUGUGUUUCAAGAAGAAAAUAGGACAAGAAGUAUUCAUGUGAAAUAACAUUUGGGGUUUUUUUUAUAUUGUACUUGUCAAUUUUUUGGCUGACAGGAACUUUUCAUGGUUAAUUGCGAAGUACAGUAAAAUCUUGCUAAUUCGCUGAUCACUAAUCAAAGCAUCCAUCCGAUAGGCUUAUACAUCCCCAGAGGUCUCUUCCCCACCUCUCUGCAAUGGUCUAAAAAGUACUGUAGUGAGGUCUCAUAUUAGUAUUUCUAUACUGCUUCACCCAAGUAUACUAUGGAACCCGUAUUAGUAUACUGGGAGGUAGAAGAAGUAUUGAAAACUAAAUUACAGUUGUCAAAAUAAAUGAACAAAGUACAUUUUGUGAUGUGACAUCCUUGCUUUUAUUGCCUGCUUCCUCACUAUUUUCAAAAUUGUCAUUUGUCAAGGGUUUCUAAGGCAUUGCUGCGAAUUAUUGGGGUUCUACUGUAACUUUUGGAGUUUAUUCUAAAGUGCUCAUGUUCUCCUAUGAAAACUUUCCACCUCAACAGAUACAUUAUAUUCCAUGCUUGUUCAGAAUAUUUUUAUAGUAUUUGUAUUAUACAUAGGAACUAUUUGAAACGAACAAGAAUAUUUGGAUGAAUCCGCUCUGAAUUUUGCAGCAUUGGAUUACUUUAUGUAUGUAACUUGCUAACUAAAUUUUCUUGGCGUUGAGAGCUUUGAUUUUUAUUCUUCUUUGUUUGCUUGUUUUAAUACCAUUACAAAUCGCAGGGAAAAUCCUAAUACUCCUGGGAAUCCGUUUGGAAAUUUUAACAGAGAGAAAUAUGCUUAUGCAGUCGGUACCAGUAUGCAUGUGAACUUUCAAAUUACAUGGUUGGUACUGAAGCAAAUGACUAAUGUUACAGUUUCCUAGUGUUAAAUAUUCUACCAAAAUGAAGCCUUGUAACUUUGAAAGUUCAUUCAACUUACCGUAAUGCAUGUUUAUGUCAGGCAUGUAGUGCAUCUAGCUAAAACUCACUUUGCAAAGGACAAGUACUAAGAAAGUGUUACUGCUAAUGAAAAGACAUGUCUAUAAGUUAACAUUUAAACUUUUGUUCAAUUUAAAAUUGCUUUGUGUCAGGGAAAUAAAUUUAUAGUCGCUUUUGCUCUACUCUGUGUAUAAAACCUUAUGUUUCCUUUUUAAAAUUACAUCUUUUGGUGGGAAACACAAACUUGAGGCAAGCAAACAUUUCUAAGAGUUGUUUCUUGCUUUCCUUAAUCCAAUGGAUGGAAAGGUAAUAUUGUGUAAACAACAUUAUUUUAUUUUUUUAUGCAAUAUCAUGCUGUAAAUAUGAUUUAUCAAAUAAGGAUGUACCUAUGAUUGAAUCUUUGAUUCUGCACAGCUAGAGUUUAUAUAUAAAUAUAAAUGUGUCUUGACAAUCAAGGACUUAUGUCAGUCUUCCUUUAUGACGUUUCUUAUUGUUAUGCAUUCCAUUUGUUUGACUUGAGUAUUUGUAUUGUCUGUAAAGUAUGUAAUGUUUUUAUAGCUUGUUUAAAAAAACAAACAAAAAAGCCUGUAAAUACAAACGAACUGAUCACAGUACCACUCUGUUGGAAGGCAUACGAUGAUGUACUGUUUGUAAGCAAUAAUACACGACAGUGCUAACUUUACAAGUAGCAUAAGGAUAAGUUCCAAAAAUACCUUUGGGAGUUAAUAGCCUUGUUUGAGUUAAUGAAUAUUCUUAAUCAUUUUUUUUAUAAAUAAAUUGAAAUGGCCUCCUGCUGGAGUACAUAACAUUGUUUACACAGCACAAUUUCAGUCACAGGGGGGACAGUCUUUAGAGCUAUGGCUUCAUCCGUACACACUUUGAGUCAGAAAUGAAUGGCUUGGCUGCACUUCUGCAAGAUGAGGAAGACUGCAAAAGUUUGAAUAGCUCUGUCUCUAAAGGAUGAGAGAUACUAUUCUGCUUCUGUGCUGAUUCCUGGCAAUUCCUCUACUUAAAUUUGGAGCCUUUUAAGUCCUGAUACUGAAAUGAUGAGACUUGAGCCUCCAGUAGAUAGGGGUAAUUCUCUUCUCAUUUCAUAUGCAGAUAAACAGUGAACUUAGAAGUCAUGUCUUCAUUCAAGUGGUGUAUUUUUCAAAUUAUGAGCUAGGAGGUGAUGAGAUGGGUUUAUUCCGAUAAAUAAACUAAACGUCAAACUUAUAGUUUGAAUUGAAUAGGUAUUAGACUGUACAGAGCAGCAUAACUAUUUGAACAGUCAUUACUGCUUUAGAAACCCCCCCCCAAUUUCUAAAUGUAUAUGACCUACAUUUUAUAGAAGAAAAAUGUUUUUAAAUACUAGUCAUUUAUAUAAUAUGUGCUUUGAAGGAUUUGCUAGUCCACUUCUGUCACUUUUAGUACACUGGUAUCUUUUAUAUGUAAUGUAUGCUUUUUAUUAUUAUUAUUAAUUAUUAUUAUUCUUAUUGUAGUAAAGCAUUUCAGUAGGAGGAAUUUUGAAACAGUAUGAGGGGUUGAAAUUUUCAUUGUCAGAAAUGAAUUAUACUGGACUUUGUCUGUGUAGUCUUGUCUUUCUUUUCAUGCUGUCUGGAAGGGAACUUGGUAUUCAAUAAAGCAAGUGACCUCCAUUUAUUUUGAAGGCAUACUAUGUAGUGCUGAAUCGGAUCUGGAAAUAUGCAUUUGAAGACAGAGAAAUUAGUGCAAAAUCUAGUGUACAGAAGAAAUUGUGUUAUGAAAAACCUGAUGAUAUAUAUAGUGGAACACUGUUACAGUGCAUUUGCUGAUAUAGUGUUAUUUUCCUGAAGUCUCUAUGCCUUCUUUGUAUUUCGAUUAAAAAUAAAAAAAAAAAAUCGUAUAGAUAAAUUUAGGAUAAUAGGUUUAUUUCAAUGCUUAUACAGUACUUCUUUAUCCUACAACAUUUAUUCCGUCCCUUUAUUAUCAGACAAAAGACCAUAUUCUGAAUUCUGUCAGUAAAAGUAUGUGUAUAGGUGAGAGAUGGUUUUAUAGGAACCUGAAAAAUAUGAAUUUGUAUAUUUCUUAUGUUUCUGACAGAAGUCAGCGUGUGAGUCAGUCUUUAUUCCUGUGAAACGAGGAAUUUCCAGAUAUCAACAGUGAGAGAGAGAGAGAGAGAGAGGGAGAGGGGGAGGGAGGGUGUGUGUAUGUACGUAUGUAUGUAGGUACGUGAAAGAUGCUUGGGUCUCAUGGCAAAAAUAAUACAAGUAUAAAAGGGUUUAAUGUAGUUCAACACAUGGCUUACAUUUAAUAUGAAAAAGAAACAUUUAAAUUUCAUAAUUCAGAAAAGACAAAAAUAGUUUUGCAGGAAACAAAACUAUUCGGAUAGCAGGCUUGACCAAAUGAAUUUUUUUUCGUUAAACUUGAUAUCUUUUAAAUGAUUCUAUUUCUGCCUUUAUUUCUGUCCUAAAAGCAACGUAGAAUAUUUUGAGAGUUACUUUUCCUCUUCAUUUGACUGUGAGUGUAAUUUAUAUCAUGGUUUACAAAAUGUGGCAUGAAGGAUUGGAUUGUUUUUAUCUGUAUAAUACAAUGAAAGAUUGUUUUGGUUUUUUUUACAUAAUCUUGGUGAAUGGUAUUGUAUUCUUAGGAUUGAUUUAUUCAUUAAGUGACUUAAUGAGUUUCAUCACUUUUGACAUUGUUUUCUUAAUGGUUAACUUAGUCUUUUGGGGUUUAUAAUACCCUUCUAUGUAUUGUGAUACUAAGGGAAGUUAUGUUUCUGCUUUAUUUUUAAUUAAACUAAUAGUUUGAUAAUUUAUAUUUGCAAAUGAUGCAUUUCAAAUGUGGUCACUUGCUGUUUGAAAAAUAAAAAUAUAGAAUACUGUUUUAUGAAUAGACUUAGCAGUAUUUUUCAUGUUAGAUAAUUUCAAAUAAGAGCUUUUUUAAUGAGACAGGUGAAGGCAUGUGCAGGUAGAUACCCUUGUGCAAGAAUUGAAAUGGUUACUUCCAACAAUGAAAUGAAGUAUUUAAAUAUUUCAUUCGACACAUAUAAAACUUAUUUGGCUUUUCUUCCCCUUUGGAUCUCCUUCUUGCCUCCUUUGAUUUUAGAAAAGAGAAUAUCUGACUGUAAUUUUAAUACAGGGCUUCUUAGAAGAUUGCACUGGGAUCACUUUAACAGAAACGCCUCAUAUUAGACCAGCUUUCUUUUUGUUCUUCUUGUUCACACUAGAGGGGUUUUAUUCAGUGCCAGCCGCUCUUCAUGUGAAUGAGAAUCAGGACUUUGCUUUAAUCUCAGUUGUAAGGUGAACUUUAUUACUCAAAGUUUUUUACUCUGUUGGAUAACAGUAUGCCUUGUGUGCACUACAUCCUUUUGGAGUGUGUAGCGUAAGGAAUAUUUACUAUGUAGGAUAGAUUCUUCUGCCAUGGAAGCAAAUACUUUUUAAAAUAUUGAAGAUAAUAGCAUUUGUGAACUUGCAAAAUCAGAAAUGUGCCCCAUUACCUAUAAUUAUGGAUAAUUUAGUUUUCUUACCUUUAUUUAUUCAUGUGUUAAAGGCAAUGUCUUCCCUGAAUCUUUUGGUAGGGUCACUUCUGUUAAAGAUUAUUUUUGUGAAAUGCGUAGCUCUCUUGAUUUUACUUUGUGUAAGAACAAGUUUUGUACAAGAAGAUGUUAAAAGUCGCACAGUACCUUUUAAAAAGAAAAAAAAAACCACUAGUGGAGUUCUAUACUAAAACUUGAGCCACGAUCAGCUGAGCACUGCCGAUAGAGCUGGAGGCCGUGAGGAUGCCAGUGGCUCCCCUG